AUGGGAGGUGGAGAGUGUUUGGGACCUGUCUUCCUCUGCAUCUUGAACUGGCCCCUUGAACUGGACAGCCGCAUCUCCUGCCUCUGCUGCUCCCUGGAGGUUCCCCAAGGCAGGCCUGUGUGGGGCUUGAACUCUCUGCCUGCCUUGUCUGGCCUGCUGGUGUCUUUGGAGGGGCUUGGCCACUUCCAACCGGUGGAUUCUACCCUGCCCCUGUCCCCCAAAGGAGCAGGCAAAGGAGGAGGAGGAAGGGAAGGAUUCUUGGUCCCCCGCUUUGACCCAAGACUGGACCUUCUCCUGGCAGCUGCCUUUGUUUCGGAUGCCCAGUACAGCAGAAAUGUCCCAUUUGAGACAUCGCCUCAGGCCAUCAGACUUUACUAUUUUUAUAACCACUGGACAAUGCGAGUAGCCACAUACUUCUUUAUUUGGGUAGACCUUUCUCUUGCCCUGUUUGAAGAACCUGCAUUGUUUCCACUACCUUUCUUGGCUACCUCCAUAGCAGAAGUCCUCUGCCUGGCUGCAUUCUUUGGGAGACUCAUGCAUUUUGCAAAAGUUACUUCUCAAAUGGUUUUCUGGAAGGAUUCAAAAAAUAUCUGCAUCAUGGUAACCAUAGUGCUGACCUUGAUUGAUCUUAUUAUCUACGGGUCCCUGGAAGCUGUUAACAUCCGCAGCGUUAGAUGGUCAAGGGCCUUGAGGCCAAUCUUCCUAAUUAACUUCCCUGAAAGUCGUCAGAUCCGAAGGGCCCUCCGAAGCCUCCGGAACACUCUACCUGACAUCCUGUAUGUCUUCCUCUUGUUUAUGUUCAGUGUACUGAUAUUCUCCCUGAUGGCCCUGAAGCUUUUUGGGGACAGGGGUCUGAAAACAGCAGAGGGAUCUCCUUACUUCGAAAACAUUCUGGAGAUAGCGUUUGAGCUCUACGUGCUGGUCACUACAGCGAACAGCCCUGACGUCAUGAUGCCUGCCUACGACUUCAAUUGGUGGUAUUCUUUGUACUUUAUAACCUACAUCAUCAUCAAUACCUACAUCUUCAUGUCCGUCUUUCUGGCUGUGGUCUACAGCAAUUACAGGAAGCACCUGAAGAAUGAGAUUCGCAAACUGGCAUACCUGAAACGUCACAAAAUGAUGGAGGCGUUCAACAUUCUCAAAGUCAAGGUGGGCACAGAGUUUGUGGUUGAGGAGGCCCAGUGGAGGCGGCUGGCACAGAUGGUGGCCCCAGACAUGAGCAGUGCCCACCUGGAGCUCCUUUUGAGGAUCUCCGACGAGGGACAGAAAGGACACGUGGACAAAAUGAACUUUCUGCGCUUGGCUGACCUCCUCAACAUCCAGGUGGUCACCAUCAACAUCAAGAGACAUCCGCUGGAAACCUGGGUGCCACGGGUGUACCAGUCAUCCACAAGCCUCUUGGUCCAGAAGAUGGUUCGACACAGGAUUUUUGUCUGGGUUUUUGAUGUCAUCAUUCUAAUAAAUGCCAUAUUCAUUGCUCUGGAUGAGAAGAACCCCUUCAUUUCCUACGCAGAAUGGCUCUUCCUUUCUCUCUAUGUUAUCGAGAUUCUCCUGAAGUUGUACACAUACGAGCCCAGAGCCUAUUUUGAAAGGAAGCAGUUCUGGAACUGGUUUGAUACGCUGAUCAUCAUUGCUGCCCUGGUGGCCACUGUGGCCAAUGCUACCAUUCAGUCAGCAAGUAAAUACAACAGUCAGCAGAUACUGGAUAUUGUCUUGAUACUGAGAAUACUCCGACUCUUAAGGGUCAUCAUCAGCAUUCAGAGAUUCCGGAUUAUAGUGACCACUUUAAUCAACAUUGGCCCCACGAUGCUGACAUUUGGUGGACUUGUCUUCGUGGUCUACUAUGCUUUUGCAAUCAUCGGGAUGGGCGUGUUCCAUGGCAAAGUCCAGUUCUUUGACCCGAAUUCCACCGCUCCUGAUGCCACGGUUUGUGGGAGCCCGGCCUUGAGGGGCUCAGCAUUUGCCAGAGGCAGGUACUGCAAGAACAACUUCAAUGACCUCGCCUCUUCAUUCAUUGUGCUGAUGGAGCUCACGGUGGUUAACCAGUGGCACGUCAUUGCAGACGGCUUUGCCCUCGUGACCCACCAGGCUGCAAAGCUGUAUUUCAUCUUGUUCCACAUCGUGGUUGUCAUCCUCAUCGUAAACAUUUUCAUAGCAUUUGUCUUGGAGGCGUUCUUUGUGGCGUAUUCAUUGGAGAAAGGUGAAGUAGAAACUGCUAUUGAGAGGAAGAUUCAAGAGCUCGGAGUGGGAAUCCAAGAGGAAGAAGUGCAGGAUGGGAAGCUCACUGAUCCCGUGGAUGCCAAGGACGGUGGCUUUCGUGGGGAUGACAGAGACAACAAGAGGAAGGCCUUGAAGGGGUUGUACUGCCGAAUUGCAUCGAAAAAGUACAGAACUGUGGACACCUUGCUGCAGCGGAUGUUUGAGUCUGAAAUCGACCCCGAGGAGGAAGGCUCUUCCUUGGAUGAGAUUCUGAACUUCUCACCCAGCGACAUCUACCCCAAGAAUCCCAGUUUUGAAAACAGUGUGUGA